AUGUCGAGCAAGCAGGAUGCAAAGAAAAGCAGUGACCACCAUGUAGCACCCCCAGCCGCUGGAAAAGGUUCUAGCAGCAGCGGCGCUCCAGUAUCUCACGGUCCAAUAAAGUCUGGUGCUGCCACAGCCCGUCAUGUCGGAUCAGGAGCAGCAAUGGCAGCCAGGCCUGAUAGGAGACCCCAUCGAGGAGCUCUGCCUGGCAUACGGUACUCGGCUGAGAUAGCUAGAAGUCUGCUGCGGCGUCCCCCCGAAUUGGAAGCGACGCGCAGCGCCUUGCCGGCAGCAGAGGCGGAAGGCCGUGUGCUUUCCUUCCUGUUGCAACAGCAGCACCCUUCUGUGAAUGAUGCUGAUGAAGUGCCCAGCAGCUCGGAGGAGGAAGCUAAUACGGCAGGAGAGAGAGCUUGUAAGAAACGAAAGGCCAAGAAAAUGCAGGAUUUGUCAGGUUGUCGUCAUGCCGAUGUCAUGUGUGUCUCGGGGGCCACUGGCUCUGGGAAGAGUACUCAGAUUCCACAAUUCGUGUUCGAGUCCGGCAUCUGUUACCCGUCAAUGUUGUUCCCGAAGAAUUGCGAGGCGGCUCGCCAGGCGCUUGCUGAGGAGGGCAAGGUGCCACGUGGCGCAAAGGAAGAGGAAACCACAACCACUGCAUUUACCGACUCUCCUGAAGGUGAAGCAACAGACAUGCAAACGCUUCCUGGUGAUGUUACGGCCGAAGAGACUAAGGAGGGGAUCCUCGUGAAACGCCAAAUGUGCGUGUGUAUCACCCAGCCUAGAAGGGUAGCGGCCACUGCGCUUGCCCACAGAGUGGCAGAGGAAAUGGGGGCACCAGAACUUGUUGGCUACCAGGUGCGCUAUGAAAAACAUAACGUUGGCCCGCAAUGCCGCCUAAAAUUCGCCACCGAUGGGGUGCUGUUACGCGAGUUGCAACACGACUUUUUAGCGAGCAAGUACUGCUGCAUCAUCGUGGACGAGGCACACGAGAGGAGCGUAAAUGUCGACCUUAUUUUGGGUCUUCUCUCUCGGAUUGUCGUCCUGCGGAGGGAGCGCUAUCGCAAAGGAGUAGAUGUUUUGCCUCCUCUAAAGGUGCUAGUAAUGUCUGCAACUCUAAACGCUGCAGACUUUACCGAGAACGCACAUUUAUUUUAUCCUUCGCCUGCGUUGUUGAGCCUGGACAGUCGCACGUUUGACGUGCGCAUACAUUUUAGCAAGAAAACGGCCACUCAGUAUGUUGACGCUGCAAUCAAAAAGGUUCUCCAGAUUCACACGCGCCUACCUCCGGGUUCUGUGCUUGUCUUUUUGACUGGGCGCGCGGAGGUGUUAGCGGCUGUACGGCAGCUGCAGGAGUGGCAGCGUCGGCGGGACAGAACAUCCAACUUCGGGAGAGCCUGCACUGAAAGCGUUGCUGCAGCUCCUCCCGAGGAUGUGGGAAUUUCGUGUGAGGAGGAUUUUGAGCUGUCAGACCACAGCGAUACUGAGGUGCCGUCUCUUGAAGGGACCCCAGACAUCGACGUUGACCAUGUGCAUUCUGUAUCCUAUGGAUCAAGGGAUAUCUCUUCUUAUCCGGCCAGCCAUAAGACCAAGAUGAAACCCAUAUUGCAUCAGCAGCUACAGCUAGCCCUUGAGAGCGACGCUGAAGAGGAUGAGAAACCCCUUGACGACAUCAAAGAGGCGGAGGCUGACGUCUUGAAAGCAGUUUUGGCUGGACAAUGCUCAUCAGUACCCAGUACAGUUAAGAAUGAUGGGCCCAUGAGAGCCCCUGAAGGCUCCGCUCCAGUGUCACCUGUGGCUAGUCAAGAGGCUGUUUCAGCUCAUACAAAACCGGGUGUCACUUCAAGUUCUCCUAAACAGGCGACCUCACCCGGCAAUUACAAAGCAGAUAAUGCAGUGCAGGCCUUCGAGUGUCCGGACACAAUAAAACGUCGUGUGCGAAACACAGUAUCUCCUGGAGGCUGGCUUGGCGCUGGUGCGCGCUUGCUGGAACGUCCAGCCGAAGGAGAUGGAAUGACAAAGGAAGCACGCACGGGAGGAGACAGAAAUGAAACUACAGAGCGACAUGAACAAGUGCACCUGGUGCCGCGGCUGACUGUCCUCCCCUUGUACGCCUCACUACCAGGGGAACUGCAGCGUCUUGCCUUUGAACCCCCGGCCCCUGACGAGCGGCGGGUUAUCGUGGCGACAAAUGUAGCGGAAACCUCAAUUACGCUUCCUAACGUGCGAUAUGUCGUGGACAGCGGACGCGAGAAGCGGCGGGUGUUCUCUUCCGGCUCGGACUGCUUCUCGUACUUCACUGUGACCCUCACGUCUCAGGCGGCAGCACAGCAGCGUGCUGGCCGUGCUGGGCGCGUGGGGGCUGGUGUUUGUUACCGUUUGUACUCUUCUGUCGUCUAUCAACAUGAGAUGGAGGCACAUGCGCCACCGCAGAUUCACUCUGUGCCUCUCGACCACCUGCUACUCUUCAUGGCUGCUCUGGGGAUUCCUCGUCCCUCAGCUUUUCCCUUCCCCUCCCCGCCCCCUUCUACUGCACUUGCUGUCGCGCGCAACCGUUUAAUAGCUCUCGGAGCCCUUGAGCGUAAGGGUAGCGCCCAAUCCACUCGUAGCCAGGACCAGAACCAGAAGAGUACUAAAGAACCCGAAGUCUGCUGCUCUGUGCUUGGACGUCGCAUGAGCGAAUUGCCGAUACCGCCGCGCUUCGCAAAAAUGCUUCUUUUGGCGUGCUCCCGUUUCAAGGAGCACGGUGGACAGUUUGUCGCCCUGGCUUGCUAUGUGGUUGCUGCUCUCACGGUGGGAGAAUUGCUGCCCUCACGAAGACGCGAUGGCUUUUUUGAAGAGUCGGCAUUUGGCAAAACAUCUGAAGGGGAUAUGGCCACCCCUAAGGUCCAGAGGCCUUGGGAGGAGUAUGAUAGCGACAUUGAUGCUUACAUUUGGCUGUGCGGAGCCUAUAGCCACUCGCGCCAUCCCACUAGCUUUUGCAGGACCUACUGCUUAGACUCAGCACGAAUGGCCGAGGUUGGGGCACUCGCCGCGCAGCUGGCUCAGCUGGUCCGUUCACUAUUGCAGCGGUCACGCCAGAGCCACCAAGGACUAGGUGCGGGAACACUUGAAAAGGAAGUGGAUGACCUACUAGUUUUGAAGCCACCGCUGCGAUUGGAUUUGCCUGACGUACAGUCAAGGCGCUGCUUACACCAGUGCGUCGUCCAGGGUCUCAUAGACCACGUUGCAGUUUGGCAGGACCCCCCUAGACUGCCGGCGGAUGCAACAGCUGCCGAGCGUGAGUCAGCUCGUGGAGGGUACCGCUGUGGCGAGCUGAAGGGCCAGCUUGCUCUCAUACAUCCCUCUUCAAACGUCUUGCACGUCACACCGCGCCCUAAGCUUCUAGUGUAUAACCAGCUGAUUCACGAAGGCCGCGCAGUUUUGCAUGUUUGCACCCCUCUAGAUGGAGCUGAGCUCAGCGGAAUUGAUACUCCGAUGAUUCAACACACCUUCCUCCAAACGCCGGCACCAGCGUACGAUGAGAGAAGAGAUGCAGUGGUUGGGUGGACCCGCCCUACGUACUCGCCAUUACAAUUGCCACUCCCCGCAGUGGAAAGGCCCCUCCCACGCAUCCGGGCAAAACACGCCAAGCUCCUUUCACCUCAGGAAAAGCAGCAACAAGAGCAACUCUAUAAGUGCUUUGCUGCAGCACUCGUCGCCGGUCGCGCCAUACCUCGUCUCAAACGCUUUACUGCUUCGCUUGCAGUCACCCCAGAGGGCAUGCUUGCAGGAGACCGUGCGGGGACAUUUGCAGUACGCGCCUUUGUAGGCGAACUCGCCAUGCGCAAUAUUGCAUCAAGGAUGGAGCUCCUGAAAGUCUGGAAGACGGAACCUAAGUAUCUGUUGGCGGAGUUUAUUGGAUUGCUGCGAUCAUACAACUACGAGACGCUUCAGGAUGUACGGGAUAUGUGGCCACCAUUGUGA